AGCUCUCUCACAUUCCGGUGGCUCAUUCCACACUCCCACUCGGUCCCAUACGCACUGGAGCAGCCCUAGACCUGUCUGUGGGUCACACUAGUCCUCUGACAGCCAGCACUUGUUGGUCUCCAGGACUUAUUGAUGCGACGGGACAACAGGGCAAACACAAGUUUCUGUCCAGGUUACCUGAUGGAGCCAUGCUCUUCUGAAUAGGCGUGGUGAUGGAGCUGAAGGUGUGGGUGGAUGGUGUGGUCAGAGUGGUGUGUGGCCUAUCGUACACCACUUCCUGCCAGGAUGUGGUCAUUGCUCUCGCUCAGGCCAUUGGCCAGACGGGCCGCUACAUCCUCGUCCUGAAGCUGCGAGGCACGGAGCGCCAGCUCCUCGCCACCGACUCCCCGCUGCAGGCCGUGGAGCUGGGUCAGCAGGCCACUGAGGUCCAGUUCGUCCUGCCGACGGGCCACGCCCUCGGCGACGGCCCCCGUGGGUCCGAGACGGACGGGCGGCGGCUGCUGCUGCUGCUGCCGAGACCACCGGAGCCACCGAGCCAACCCCGGAAGGCCCAGUCCUUCCACCUGGGUCCCUCCACGUUCCCCAGGAGGAAGAGGACCAGGGCGUACUCGCCAUCGCCCAGAGCCUCAGAGCCCAGGGCCUCCCCGGUCUCCUUCCAGGAACCUGUCCGCCCUGUUAAGACGAGUCCGCCCCUCGGCUCCAAAGAGGAGGCCUUCAGGCAGAUACUGAAGCAGCAGGAGUGGCUCUAUGACCUGGAGGUGCAGCUUCAGGCUCUGAAGUGUGAGCUGCGGGAUGGCGAGAGGAGCUCUGGUCCCACGCCCGUCCCCUCCCCGCCGCCCAGCCUGGAGGAGGAGCUGGAGGAGCUGGAGACGAGGACCAGGCAGAACGAGGCAGAGCUCAUGCACGCUGAACACUGGGAAGAGCAGCUCGAGGAGGAGUUGGACCUUGAAGAUGAUAUGCACGGACGCCUAGACACCAUCUCCUCCAACAUCGACGACCAUAUCUCCAGGCUCCAGGACCUCCAGGCCCAUUCGAACAAGCUGGGGCACGACUUGCAGCUGGAACAGAGCUCCGUUCCGCAGCUAGACGACCACGCCCUGCCCUCCCUGAGACAGGAGCUCCAGAGUCGCCUGCAGGAAGGGAAUGCACUCGCGGCACUACUGUCGGAAAAGGAGAGGGAACUACAAGCUGUGAAAGAGAGGAGCCAGCUGAUAGAGGAGUGUGACAAGGACCUGAGACAGCUCAAGCUUCAGCAGUUCAUCCAGCAGGCUGGCGUGACUGCAGGCCCACCCGACUCAGAGCAAUGGGAGAACCCCUAUCUCCCGGCCCCCUCGGACCGGUACCUCUCCAACGCCGGCCUCAUGGAGGACGACCUGAACGAAGCUGUCAGCGUGUGCUGAGGCGUUCAGUCGUCACGCACACACUAUGAACUCAAUAAUAAACAGCUUCGGUCCAUGGGGAUUAUAUCGAUGUGUUGUAAGAGUGGCAUCUUUACGAAAAAGUGUGUCACAUAUUUUGCUGUGAACACAGUUUUAUCGGUCGUGAACUAGUGUUUGUGUGUGUGUUCAAAAGAUUCAAUAUAUGAAGGAUUUAUAUUUUCAGUGUUAGCGUUUAACAUGUUUAUUAUUUGAUACAUACAAUUUUGUUUAAAUAAACGAGUGAAACCAA